CAAUACAUGGCGGAAUUAAACAGCUUGCAGACACGCCGAGCAUGUCCGCACUUCGCCGCGUCGUUUCGUAAGAGGCACGAUUGAUUAACUUUGCUUCGUCGCAGGGUGUAUCGGUAACUAACUCCUGGCCAUCGCUGAGCAGCGUCACCGACGUCUGGCCUCAGUGCUGCGCCUGGCGGGCGGUCGUCAUGUUGCACGUGGCGCCACGGCUCCUGCUCGUCUGCAACUACGCGCAGUAUCUGAGAUGGCGCGCCGCGCUGGUGGCGCCACCUCUGCGGUCCGUUUUCGAUCUUCUGGCGUGCCUCUGCUCCGUGGUGCACGCGUCCUCGGUGGGCUCGCUGUUCAUGAUGGCGUGCGCGUCGCGUCGCGACCACGCCAACGUGCACGACGUGAUGCUCGUGAACUGGACGUGGUGGUCGCUGCUGCACAUGGCCAGCACGUGCCUGGCACUGCGCAUGUCCCAGCACCGGAGCGACGGCUACCUGAUGCGCCGUUCCCGAGUCCUCAAGGAAACCCUGUUGGCUCUUUCGGUCGCCGCAAGCAUCGGGAUAACCUACUUCGGCGCCGCUCAGAAAGGGUACUGCGCCGAGAUGGGCGGCGUCGAAGACAAGGCGGCGCACGUGCAAGCGGCGCAGGACCUCUUCGGCAUCAGCGAGCUCGCCUUCAUGGUUUGCACCAUGGGCUUCGACCUGACCGUCCUGUACGACGUUCCCGACAACGUGGCCCACGCGCCGUGGCCAAUGUGAUCAUCGACACCCGCGCCCGCAUGAUCCGGUGUCACCGGCGAAUGUAGUCAUUUUGUUUUGUUUAAUUUCCCAGAAACCGUGCUACAUUGCAGGACAACACUAGUAGACUACGGAUAAAAAAAGAAAGGUUUCUUUUGCGUUACAAGCUUUGUUUUUGUUUGUCAGCAGCACCACAGAUUCAAUUACCAAGAAUAUUGAAGUGUAAACAGUUGUUGAUCUCGUCAUUCUGUAUCACGAGCCGAGCUUUUAUUGCGUUUAAAACUAGACAGCGCCAAAAGUACACCGUUUAUUGCAUUGUUUUGUUCCUGUUUCGUUUUCAGUUGGACGGUGUCUGCUUGUCUGCUGUUAUUCUGCGCGAUGACUGCUGCAUGCGUUAUAUAUAUGGCAUUGCUGAACAAGUGAAGCAUAACUGAGCGGAACCGCAACUUGUAUUCCCCGACCCAAGCUUCCAGCUUUUGGUUACGCCGGAGGGUGCAGAGGCUUCAGUAUGUUCAGGUUUCAGAAAAUUGCACCACUUUGCUGCAGAGAAAUGAAGUAGGCCUUUUUCACUGUUUGGAUUUCGCUUUGUUAGUAUUUUCUCUUGCAUUCGACAUCGUGCAGAUGUGUGUGCAGAUAAAGUGUUGCCGAAGCUUCAUUUGUAUGGCGUCAUACAAUU